AUGCUGCAUCCAGCCGUGCAGAACGGCAUGCGAAGGCGACUGGGGAUCGAGUGGGGCCCACCGGCUAGUCAAGAAACACACUUACCAACCCAAGGAAGCCAGGUGAUGGUCGGCGCUGAAGCCUUCAAUCCUGCUGUUGCCCGGAGGGGCACUCCUUCCCCUGUAUACCCCCCCGAUCCGUAUUACAGAUUGCAGACUGGCAUGCCGAGGCAAUCAGGAACCCAGCGAGGCCAACCAGUUCUUCAAGAAAUGCAGUUACCAAUCCAGGGAAGCCAGCUUAGGCCCGAUGCUGAAGCCUUCAUUCCUGAUGUUCUCAGGAAGAACACUCCUUCCCUUGCAUACACCCCCAAUCUGUGGGUUGGGCCUAAUCACUUUCAUCAUGGCAUUCACACUCCUCCCCAUGGACAGGAAGUUCAUCCUGCCCCUUUACAUCCCUCAGGAUCUGCAACCCACAACCUUGCUGUCUCUAUGAACACAGACUGGUAUACUGCAAAAGGCCAUGGCGGUGGAAAUUACAGUAAAAAUAAAACUAAAAAUUAUGGUGAAAUUAAAGAUAAUGUGGAUCAUGAUUUAUACAAAGUUCUCCCACAUGAAAGUGAUCUUUUCAAGGUUGAAAUUGAAGAUGAUAUUUUAUCCAAGCUUCCAGAUGAAAGUGAUCUUUUCAAGGACAUCUAUGAGAAACCAGAGAAAAGUGGAGCCAAUGACAACACAAACUAUAUGCUCUCAUUGGAUUCCAAAGGCACUGAUAAUAUAGACAGCCCAAAGGGCCCCAGGAUAAUUCCAGAUAAGGGCAAGGUAAUUCAACCAAUUCAGAUGUCUUCACCUGCCUACACAAGUGAGAUGGCUGGUAUCAGCAAGCAAACAGCCGUGCAGAACGGCAUGCGAAGGCGACUGGGGAUCGAGUGGGGCCCACCGGCUAGUCAAGAAACACACUUACCAACCCAAGGAAGCCAGGUGAUGGUCGGCGCUGAAGCCUUCAAUCCUGCUGUUGCCCGGAGGGGCACUCCUUCCCCUGUAUACCCCCCCGAUCCGUAUUACAGAUUGCAGACUGGCAUGCCGAGGCAAUCAGGAACCCAGCGAGGCCAACCAGUUCUUCAAGAAAUGUGA